CCCCCCGCUGCGCUCGCGGCUCCGGAAACGCGCUGCGGGGCUGUUAGGCUCGGCCGGGCACGGGCUUCUCCGUGGCGCUUCCUGCCACGCCAAGCCUGCCUGGGCAGCCCCAGCGCCGCUCAGCCGAGGGCCGCGCGACGGCCGCCGCCGGGCGUGGGUGGGGCCUUACCUGCCAGGCUGAUCCCUUGGAGUAGCUCUGAGCCAUGAUGAGUCACUCGUGUGUGUCUCUUUUGGGUCCACCUACUCCCCAGGGUCUUGCCCUUCCCCAGGAUGGAGCCCCAGGAAACCAGGUCCUGGCAGUUCCUCUUGACAUGCCAGAGGCCCAGGAUUUGGUGACAUUUGAUGAUGUGGUAUGGUACCUCACCACAAGGGAGUGGUUGAGGCGGGACCCUGAACAGAGGGUGCUGGCAUAUUAUGGGAAUGUGACCUAUGUGGGUGUUCCUGUUUUGAACCCUGCCUUGGUCCCUCACCUGGCACAGGGACAAGUGCUGUUGGUAUCAGACCCAUCGCCUAGCACAAAUCCAACUAAGUACUCUGAAAACACCUCCGCUACCCGACACCAGAUGAUGGGGGAAGACACCCAGCCACAGGAGAUGGCAUCCACAAGCUCCCCAAAGGCCAGUGACCCCAGUCCUGAAGUCAAACAGCACGGAGACUGUGACAGGAAGAGAGGGAGCCCACAGAAUCUGCCCAUAGAACAUCAUUUUGCUUGUAAAGAGUGUGGGGACACCUUCCGGCUUAAAGUCCUGCUUGUCCAGCACCAGAGAGUCCACAGUGAGGAGAAGGGCUGGGAAUGUGGUGAUUGCGGUAAGGUCUUUAGGGGGGUGGUGGAGUUCAAUGAGCACAGGAAAAGCCACGUAGCUGCGGAGCCCCGGCCCGGCCCCAGUAGGAUCCUGGAGAAUGCCACGGAGAAGAGGGAGCAGAUGGAGAGGGAGGCCAAGCCCUUCGAGUGCGAGGAGUGCGGGAAGCGGUUUAAGAAGAACGCAGGCCUCAGUCAGCAUCUGAGGGUCCACAGCAGAGACAAGCCCUUUGAUUGUGAGGAGUGCGGGCGGUCCUUCAAAGUCAACACCCACUUCUUCCAACAUCAGAAACUUCACACUUCGGAAAAGCCUUUUGCCUGCAAGGCGUGCAGCAGGGAUUUCCUAGAUCGCCAGGAGCUUCUCAAGCACCAGCGCAUACACACCGGCCACCUGCCCUUCGACUGCGACGACUGCGGAAAGUCCUUCCGAGGGGUCAACGGGCUGGCCGAGCACCAGCGCAUCCACAGUGGGGCCAAGCCGUAUGGGUGUCCCCACUGCGGGAAGCUCUUCCGAAGGAGCUCGGAGCUCACCAAGCACCGGCGGAUCCACACAGGCGAGAAGCCCUAUGCCUGCGGCCAGUGCGGCAAGGCCUUCCGCCAGAGCUCCAGCCUUCUGGAGCACGCGCGCAUCCACAGCGGCGAGCGGCCCUAUGCGUGCGGUGACUGUGGCAAGGCCUUCCGCGGGCCCUCCGACCUCAUCAAGCACCGGCGCAUACACAGCGGACUGAAACCCUAUGAGUGCGACAAGUGCGGCAAGGCCUUCCGCAGGAGCUCUGGCCUCAGUCGCCACCGGCGGAUCCACAGCGGUGCACGACGCUGCGAAUGCAAUCAGUGUGGCCGUGUCUUCAAGAGGCGCUCGGCGCUGCAGAAGCAUCAGCCGACCCACCACGAGUAGAAAUACCCUGCGGAAUAGGGACUGGGUCCCCAGAGGGGGAUGGCAGAGUCAAAGGAGAUGAACAGUUUUGUAGCGCUUAUAUAUUUUGUCUUCCGAAAGGUUGAGACCGAUUUACACUGCCACCAGCAAUUUGUAAGUGUACAUUAUGGCCAUCGAGAGUAGCUCGUACCAUUUAACAGCUUGGCUAGUUUAACUGGUAGGAAGUACCAUCAAGGUAUUUCAGUCCACAUGCCUUGAAUCCAAGAAUGAGAAAGGACAAAUCUGGAUGUGAGGUUGGGGGGGAGCUUAGAGGUCAUCGACUCCAAGCUCCCCGCGACCCAGAGAAACACACAAAGCUGUUCCACGCAUUAUAAUGUGAUCCCAGCUUCCUGAAGACAAGUUACCCUCACGUUUUUUUUGCCUACUUGAAUUUAUAAAUUUUUAGGGAUGUAAAUAGAACACACAAAUGUCUUAAAAUAUUUAAUUUAUUAAUUUAGUUAUACAUACAUAUUGUAAAUCACAUAUAUAAAAUAAUAUAUUAAUUUAGAAAAUGCCCCGUUUUGCCACCCUCCCUUUCCCAAAGUCAUUUUACUCUGACUCCUCAUUGUCUUCACUAGCAUGGGAUCCCUGUUUGAGUCAUUAGUUUCAAAACAUCCCGUCGCUUCCAUCCGAGCUGACAGUCCCUACGUGAGGUUCUCAUUAGAAAUUUUCUCCCAAGUCAUGAGACCAUAUUCACAGAACAUUAGGAUGAUUUCUCUUGUCGUUUUUUAAUGUGUGCUGUGACUCUGAAACAUAACCACUUAAGGUGGUGCUUUUUCAGACAACCUUUAAAUGGCUUUUCUUUUAAAGCAUCCAAAAUGUCAUUGUCAGGCCAAACACCUGGUAAUAGUUACUGACUCUGGGUUAAAUGUCUGUGUCUUUUUUUCUUAAACCAUUUCAAUUUCGUGUCCCCUAUAAAUAUCCAAAACUAGCAUCAAUUGGGGUUGUUUCCAACUAAUGGAUCUUGUCCUCGAGCAACACUGUUUUAUUCAAAAUCAAAUAGUUGAGAGCAUGCCCCUAAGAAGAGAUAACAUCUCAAAGACUCAAGUGCAGGGUGACGCCUCCUUUUGGAAACAGGAGCCUUUCCUGGUAUCAGGCCUAGAUGGUACUUCUGCAGCCUUCUGUUUCUAGCUCUGUAAAAUGGGGGUGAUCACAGCACAUACCUCCAAAGGUUAUCACGAUGACUGGGACUGCCAUCAUGCCUGCAGAGUGCCAAGACCACCAGACUGGCGUGGAGGUACAAACUCAGUGAAGGCCAUCUGCUGUCAUUGUAAUAGUUAUUGCUGUCAUUCUGUGGCUCGUCAGUUCUAGAACUGGGGAUAGACCCCAGGCCUCCUGACCAGCAAUCUCAUCUUUUUUCUCUUAUGCAAUGACUUAAAUACUGUUUCUGUUUUUUGCAUGCAAAUUGUUCAUUCAUCUCCUUUGGAUAUAUUAACUUUACAUAUGUUCUCUUUUCCAGUUGUAUUGCUUUGCUCUUUGUAGCAGUUUUAUUACAUUUCUGUUGUGAAAGCUUUUAAGUUUUACAUAUCCAAGCUUUUAAUUUCUACAUUUUUGUCCACUCACUCAUAACUUUCAUUGCUUCUGUAGCUAGAUAUUAUGACAUUUUUUUCUAGAAUUUUAAUUACAAACAAAAACCUGAAACUCCUGCCCAUCAGAAGGUGAGUACACUAGGUGGGCAGGCUGGAUGGAAAUGGGCCAGAGAAGCAGGCUCUUUCCUCAUCCGAGAUGCAGACUCCGUGUCUGGUAGUGGGCACCACUUGACUAUCCAACCUAGCCACUGUGGCACGCUGGAGAUGCUCCCAUCAGACUAGCCAGAACUCCGUGACUGGUCAUCACUGUAGACCCUGCCAGCAAUAGCCGGGCUUGGCCUCACCUAGAUCAAUGGGGUGAUCCAGAAGCAGCCCAGCCAUCCUUGGAGUUCCUGGGAGCCUUGGCAGUGCUCAGAGUGGAUUCAGUGACUGAGCAGCAGAUCCACCCAAGAGACAUCUCCUUGGACACAAGAAGCCUAUACCACAUCCUCCUUUCAGCCAGUGACUCUAGAACUAGAGAGAUAUUGGUUCAUAGGCUUCUGCUUUGGGCAGCUAGGGGAAAAUUCACCCAUGUGUUCUGGUGUCACUUCCUGCAGCACGCCUAAACUAGGGCGACAGAGCAGAGGCUCCGAGUAGAACCCUGCCCCUCCAAUGGCCUGCACGCCAUGCUGAUAGAAACUGGCAGCACUGGCCUGGGCUAUGACUUACAAUAGCCGUGCCCAGGAGGAGCACUAAAGUAGAAGUUUGGAGGACAGUGGUACUCUUCUGACAGCCUAUGUGGCAUUGAAGUAGAAGCUGGUCCUCCUGGGGCUCAACUGCCAUUUCCAGUGGCCUCCCCCAAGAGGAACAGCAGCAAGGGCUGGCAAGGAGCCUGCCCUUCCAGUGGCCCACAGCAGCCACAGAUAAAAGCCAGCCACGCCAGGGACACUAGGAGGGCCUGGCAAGGAAGUGUGCCCUUCUUGUGGGCCCACCAAGGCAGAGGCAGAGCUUCCUAGCAGACACAACUUGGAGGGUCCUCAGGCCCCCAUCCUGGGAAGCAAGGUCCUACAAUGACCCCUGUGACCUUGGCCAGAAGGUCCUCUCACAGGGACCCAGGCCACCACAGUGGCACUACGCAACAUCUCCACCCUGACCCCCAGGUUGGAGAGGAGCCAAAAGCACUUGUUACAUAGUGAUUCCUUUUGCCCUGUGGGCCUCAGUUCCUGCCGUAGUUGUGAAUCUGUGACUGAAAUCACUACUUUCUCCUCGGAUCCAUUUUCUCUUUUCGAGCUGUUAGGAUGUGUUUUGUACAGCUGUCAUUUGAUAAAGGUUAACCUGUACCAGGGGCAAGUCUGGCAUCUUUACCUAGAAGUACUUUGCCAUGUCUUGCCUGUUCGUUCAUCAUUUGCUGGGUGUGAUCGCAUUGAAGUCUAGACACAGCAUUAGCUGGGAAGAUAGCAUAGCAUCGUCACUGCUCUCGGCUGGGACGUGGCGUCUUGGCAACCCUUCCUGCCCUCGUUAAGCUCUUUCCCAUCUUCAGUUCUAUAAUUUUCUCUCAAACAAAUCCUCUUUUACAGUUAACACUAAAGAUCUUGUCUUUGCCAUCAAGGUUGACAGAACAGCUCUUCAUGGUGUUGCGGUGAAAUCCAUGUUCUCUUUCAACACAGUCUGCGGCUUUAACGAGUGUCCUGUAAUUUGCCAAGUUCAUUUUUUGCCUCUGGUAACUUGGGAGUGUAUUUCUUUGGACUCUCUAGGUGUAUUGCUAUGUCACAUGUAAAAUGUCACCCAGCUUCCUGUCGCAUAUCCUUGGCUGUGCAUUCAUGCGCCUACCUCAUUCCAGUUUUCUUUCUAAUCCCAUGUAUUCCUAUUGUGAGGGAAUUUGUUCUUUUCCUGAUCCUUUUGUAGUUCAUACACGUGACAAAGGGGUUUCCACACACAUGUGUGAGAUGUGGCCCCUUCAAACCUCGUUACUAUGUCGGCAGAUUACUUGUCUGACAUGGAAAAAGAAAAAAGAAAGACAUUCUUUUACUACCAUUUGAAAGAAGAAACCCUCCAUUGCUUUUAGUAGAAUUUUGAAUACUUGUAAAAUUUUCAAAAGAAAAGAAUCGCUUACCAUUUUUGCUGCUUAUUACAAUGAGCUAUGUCCAUUAGCUGCGUCGAUCAACUCUUGCAUUUCCAGAAUAGGCCCCACCGAAUUGUAGGGCAUCUUUCUCUUGUGGUGUUGCAUUCCAUGUGCUUGAUUUUUGCUAGAACUGGCGUGCCUGCCCUACCAGCAGCCCUGGGUUGUGGCCCUAUUGUGUACCAUAUGAUUUGCCACCCCACUUCUGGGCCACAUUAAUUCAACCAGAACUGAACACCUGAGCCGAGGGCAGCAAGCAAUCAUCAGAACUGGCAGAAUACUAUGGACCAGGGACACCACCAGGCCUUCCAGAUUUGUGAAGUGCAGACAAGGAAACAGUGCUUCUAGGCAUCAGAAGGUAUGGGGAGCAGUACAGUACUCAGAGGAAUGAGGAACAUGGCAUCUGCUGGGAGGGAGGCCUGGCCAUGGUAUGUUCUUGGAUUUCUGGCGGCUGCCCUCAUUGGUCCAUGCGUAUCCUGAGCACGACCCGACUUGAGCCUGCUCCUUUCUAUUGUGUUUUGCCACUUGGCUGCUUCCUGGCCAAGUCGCCCCUGAGUGCGCGAACACCUGUUUGAAUGUUUGUUCUCUGUUCUCUAAGAUGGGUGAAAGUCAAUGCCUUCUAGUCUCAGUGAACCCACCACGUGGGGGCCAUAAAAUGGGUGAAGACACAGUGCACGCUGCUCUCUUAUUUUUGAAGUGUUUCAUGGUUUCCAGCAUGUCCAUCAGAUGGGGGAUUGCUGACUUCUCUCUUACUAGUGUACUUACAUUCUGUAGUUGUCAUUGCGUCACUUUGGGUGUUUACUUUGAAAGGUAGAAACUGUCUCUUUACAUACUGUCUCAAUGUCACUUGCACAUCUCUGAGAACUACAGCUAUGUCCACCCCAGUUUGUGUUUCUGUUCUGUUGUUGGCACUUUUUUCUCAUUCCCCCCCAAUGUCGUUACCUUGUCUGUUUUCUGGCACUCACUAUAAUCAGCGUUGCACUAGAGCUGUUUGUGGACUUGGCUUCAACCCCUCCUCCUCAGCCCUCCCCAACCCAUUAUAUUGUGAGCUCUUACAGGGGUGGCCCUUCAUGUCUGAUCCCCUACCAAAUCUAGCACAGUGCCUUGCAUCAAGUAGAUUUCAAUAAAGAUAUGUUCAAUGGCA